GCAUAGGAGCUGCGCCGCGGUCGGGGCGGGUGCCAGGUACCGGGAGGUGGAGGGGACGCCUCAGUACUCUUCCGCCUUCUAACUUUGACUCCUCAUCUAAAAAGAUGCUGGAGUCAUAUGUAACUCCAAUUUUAAUGAGCUAUGUGAAUCGCUACAUCAAGAACUUAAAGCCGUCGGAUCUACAGCUUUCACUAUGGGGUGGAGACGUGGUUCUCAGCAAGCUCGAGUUAAAGUUGGAUGUAUUGGAACAGGAACUGAAAUUACCAUUUACUUUUUUAAGUGGACAUAUUCAUGAAUUGAGGAUUCAUGUACCAUGGACAAAAUUGGGUUCAGAACCAGUGGUAAUUACCAUCAAUACGAUGGAAUGCAUUUUGAAACUUAAGGAUGGAAUACAGGAUGACCAUGAAAGCUGUGGUUCUAAUUCUACCAACCGUAGUACUAAUGAGAACACAAAACCAUCAAUAAAACCCAGGAGAAUUCAACAGGCUGCUCCUACAGAUCCUGAUUUACCACCAGGUUAUGUGCAGAGUCUGAUUAGACGAGUUGUAAAUAAUGUAAAUAUUGUUAUAAAUAAUCUCAUACUAAAAUAUGUUGAAGAUGAUAUUGUUCUUUCAGUCAACAUCACUUCUGCAGAAUGCUAUACAGUAGGUGAAUUAUGGGAUCGUGCAUUCAUGGAUAUUUCUGCGACUGAUCUGGUGCUGAGAAAGGUUAUCAAUUUUUCUGACUGUACAGUUUGUCUUGAUAAACGAAAUGCCAGUGGUAAAAUAGAAUUUUACCAGGAUCCUUUAUUGUACAAAUGUUCCUUCAGAACUCGUCUGCAUUUUACAUAUGAUAACCUAAAUUCAAAGAUGCCAUCUGUUAUUAAAAUUCAUACUUUAGUAGAGAGUUUGAAACUUUCUAUCACAGAUCAACAACUGCCUAUGUUUAUCCGUAUAAUGCAACUUGGGAUUGCUCUUUACUAUGGAGAAAUAGGAAAUUUUAAAGAUGGAGAAACAGAGGAUCCUGCCUGUCACAAUAAAGAUGUGUUAGGAAACAUUACAGGUGCUGAGGGUGAAACAAGAAUAGAUAUGCAGUAUCCUGCUCAGUACAAAGGUCAAGAGUUAUAUUCACAGCAAGAUGAUGAGCAGCCACAGGGAUGGGUAUCAUGGGCCUGGUCAUUUGUGCCUGCAAUUGUGAGUUAUGAUGAUGGUGAGGAAGACUACCUUGGGAAUGAUCCUGUAUCAGCCACACAUCAGCAAAAAGCACAGACUUUGAAGGAUCCUAUUGUUUCUGUAGGAUUUUACUGCACAAAGGCAAUUGUGACUUUCAAAGUAAGUUUUUUCUCUUGCUGUUCAUAUUUCUGUCAACUUUAAUGAUUAAGUUUUGAUUGCUAGUAAGAUUCUAGCUUAACUAAAGUUUGUUUUGCACUCAAUAGAUGUGAGAUAGAGUUUAACAGUUCUUACUUCAUAAAAUUAUAUGUCCUGUCCAUCUAAAAUCUCUGAAUUUUGAUCAUUUCCUAUCUUCUUAAUGCCUUCUCUCCUUUUCUUUUUUGUCAACUUAAUGGAGAGUUUUCUUUUCACCCUACUGAAUCAUUCAGUUGGCAUACAAUCAUGCCGUAAUAUUCCAUUAAUAAAGAAAUGCACA